GAGUUUGUAUUUGCAUUUCGCCCGAGGAAGAGAGAAUCUGGGCAGGAGGAACACACACCACGAUGGACUGGAGGGAGGGUGAGGGCGCCGUGGGAGGGGGAGCUGAGGGGACUGAGGAAGGCGCUGGUGUGGUCCCCGCGGGUCUGCAGGCGUUGCUGGCGAGGUGCAGUGAAAUGUAUCCCGGCCAGCCCAACCCCCUACAAGUGACCGCCCUCCUAAAGUACUGGUUAGGGGGCCCAGACCCCCUGGACUACAUCAGCAUGUAUGCAAAUCCAGGAAAUCCAAAGUUGAACAUCCCUCCUCAUUGGCACUAUGUCAGCUUUGGUUGCUCCGACUUGCAUGGUGAUGGCCGAGUGCAUGAGCAGACAGGUCCUGAGGGUCCCAGUGGGUUUGGAUUUGAGCUGACAAUGCGACUCAAGAGAGAGGAAGGGGAGAAGAGUCCUCCAACGUGGCCUGCUGCCAUCAUGCAGGCCCUUGCCAAAUAUGUCUUUCAAUCAGAAUCUAUCCUGUGUGUGGGUGAUCAUGUGUCCUGGCACUGCCCACUUGACAACAGUGAGUCCCGGGUACAACACAUGCUGAUGGCUGAGGAUCCACAGUUGGGAUCUGUCAACACACCUAAUGGUAGUGUGCAAUUUGUUCAGAUUGUGGGAGUCACCACAGAGGAGCUGCGAGCUGCUCAACACUGGAAUGGUGUGGGUGUGUUGGACAUAAUGAAGAGGAUGCCAAGUGCAGGUGGUUUAUGGCUGGUGACAGACAUGCGUCGAGGGGAAAGCAUCUAUGAACUGGAGCCAUCUGUUGCUGAAGAAGUUGAAAAUGGAAUUGAGAGUGAAGGAUCAAAUCUCUCAGGGGUAUCUUCAAGGAUAGUCUGGACAGAAACAGAAAUGGGUGGCAUUCUGGCACCUUUGUCUGUACAUUCUCUCAAGGCUCAGACAGAACUGGAGAGUGAGUCCAUGCCACACAUUACUCAUGUGGAGAGUGAGCAGAUUAAAACAACACUACAGAAAGGCCUCUUGCAGGGAGGCAAGAGUUGUAGUACACAGGGCAAGGAAGCCAGUGAAGGAAAUGUGGAGGGCAAUGUGGCAACCUCAGAUUCUGCUGAACUCUUUGUGACAAGGCGGCUGGAAUCCUUGCACCUCACCAUCAAUCUGGAAUCAGGUGCCUUGCUGCCCCUUGCACUCAGAGGACGUCUGAAACAUGGCCGCCACUUCACAUUCAAGUCUGUGGUGGAUGUUGGUGCCGUAACAUUGGUAUCCCCUGCCGUGGCUGGUGCCUUUGUUGAUGCAACUUGCCCCUAUGCUGUCCGGGGACCAUGGUUGCAAGUCUUUAUAGCUGAUGACUUCUUGCCUACACUGGUUGAAGACCUGGCAGACCUGGCAGAUCCUGAUGAGGUUUCUCUACCAACCACCUUCAGAUGGCCCAACAGGAAGCUUACAAUCACAAUUGUUGCAGAAGAAACAUAGACAUUUCCUCUUUACUGGAAAUGCCGACAAAUAUUAUGAGUUGCUACUGCCUUUGUUUUUAUCAGUAGUGGUCUUGUAAUGGUUCAUUGUACAUUAAUUUGUGUUGUUAUGUAAUUAUUUAUUUUAAUGAAUCUCACAUUGAGGUUAUAUGUAACAUCUAUUCACUACGAAUUGGUAAUCUAAUUUUCUUUUCAGUGAUUUUUAUUAAUUUGAUAAGUACUGAAAAACUGUAUAAAUAUUGUUAGUGUGGCUAUUUUGUACAAUUUUGAAUUGUUAUUAUUUGUUCAUGUGUUUUCAUGUUUUAUUUUUCAGUAUCUUCCAGUCCCAAAAUAAUCUCCUACAACAAGCAUAAUAUGCUAAUAGUAUAUAGUUUAAAUCAGAAAGGUUUUUAAAAAUUGCUGUCUUCAUUAGAUAUGUGCAAUUCAGAUGACAACUAAAUUGAUUUUUGGAAAUUAUUUUCUCAUAAGUGCCUUUUAUGAAUGCCUUUAAUAAACAAAACUAUAGUGUAUAUUUUUUUUGUAUACAUUCAUAUUGGUGAUUCGUACUCUGUGGAUUAUAGGUAGUUUUCAACACAGGAUAUGAAAAGGGGAUUUUCUAGCUCAUGCUACUGUUUUCAGAUUACAGCACAAAAUAACUGGAUUAAAAAAAAAAAAAAAAAAAAAAAACUGCUUUUAGAAAACAGUGUCCUUACAUAAACAGACUGUUGGAUGUGCAAUGUAACACUAGUCACAAACAGUACCAGAUGUGUUUUGACCAGGAUUACACAUACAUUUUAAUAUAGCAUGUAAAGGUAUUUAGUAUUAUUACUAGUACUUUUUUACUACUGUAAUUUGCUAUUCAAUUUUCUUUUUCUUUUUUCCAGUUUUUGUCAAUAAAUAUAUUACUGCUGAAAUGUGAAAUGAAAAAAAAAAGCCUUGACAAUGGUACACAAUAACUUGUUGAAGGUUGUCUGUCAGAGGAGAGGAGUUGAUAAGAUAAAAA